CUCACAGUUAACAAGCCGCGCCGGGUCACGUUCAAGCCUCAACUGCCCCAUCGCUGAGUCGGUCCGCGUCGACACGCCUACGCGACAGGCACUGUCGUCAUCAUGGCCGGCAAUGGCAAGCCCCAUCAGCUGGAUCCCGUAUGGGAUGAUCUCGAUAGGACUAUGGGCCAACUGUUCAUGAUGGGCUUCGAUGGGACCGCCGUCACGCCGCACAUAAAAGAACUCAUCGAAAAGCGGCAUCUGGGCUGUAUUCUGCUAACUGCCAAGAACCUGAAAUCCGCCGAGGACACUACCAAGCUGUGCUAUGAACUCCAGAAAAUCGCCCACGAUGCCGGCCACCCAGUCCCGCUGGCCAUCGGCAUCGACCAGGAGAACGGAGGGGUCAAUAGCCUCUUCGACGAGAUCUAUAUUCGCCAAUAUCCAAGCAGCAUGGGCAUUGCCGCUGCAGGUUCUACAGACCUCGCGUUCGAGGUGGCCAAAGCAACCGCUCAAGAGAUAUCGGCCUGCGGAAUCAACUGGAUAUUCGGCCCGUGCUUGGACGUACUCACGAAUGCUCGAAACCAGCCGCUGGGAGUUAGAACGGCGGGCGACGACCCUCAAGAAGUCUCCGCGUACGGUGUCGCCUUCAUGAGAGGCUACAAGGAAGCCGGUGUUGUUACUCUGGGAAAGCACUUUCCGUCCUAUGGCAACCUGGAGUUCCUUGGCUCGACCUUGGAUGUUCCCAUCAUCACAGAAUCUCUGGAGCAGCUGAGCCUGAGCGCUCUGAUCCCGUUCCGAAACGCUAUUCGCCAAGGGCUUGAUUCGAUGAUGGUCGGUGGCUGCGCCAUGUCAUCGGCCGGUCUCAACGCCAUGCAUGCCUGCUUAUCAGAGCAGGUUGUUGACGGAUUACUGCGCACCGACUUGAAUUUCGAUGGCGUGGUCGUCUCCGAGUGCCUAGAGAUGGACGCCCUCAGCCACAACAUCGGCGUCGGUGGCGGCACCGUCAUGGCUGUCAAUGCUGGCUGCGAUGUCGUGCUGCUAUGUCGGUCGUUUUCAGUCCAGCUGGAAGCCUUGAAGGGACUCAAGACUGGAAUCGAGAAUGCCAUGAUCUCCAAGGAAAGGAUCUACAACUCUCUUCGCCGGGUACUGAAUAUGAAGUCAAAAUGCACGUCGUGGGAGAAGGCGCUACAUCCACCCGGUAUCAGCUUCUUGGAGACCAUACAGCCUUCACAUUCCGCUCUCUCGACCAAGGCAUACAACGGCUCCAUCACCGUGGUUCGCGACAAGAACCGUCUCCUGCCGCUCACCAACAUUGUUGAUAGUGAGGAAGAGCUGCUGCUACUAACGCCAUUGGUGAAGCCGUUGGCCGCCUCUGCCGCUUCCCGGGCACUGUCCGACUCUGCCGCUAAUGCGUCGCCAGAGCCUGCAGCUUGGGAGCGGAGUGCAUCUGUGAUGAGCGGAGAGCGGGUUUUCAGAGAACUUGGGAGAUCUCUGGCAAGACAGCGCAACGGACGGGUGCUGCACACGUCUUACACAGCCAAUGGGGUCCGUCCAGUGCACGAGAACCUGAUCAAUAGGGCAAGCGCUAUCAUCAUCAUCACGGCAGACGCCAAUCGCAAUCUCUAUCAGCACGGCUUUACGAAGCAUGUCUCUAUGAUCUGCAACAUGCAAUACACCACCGGUGGCGAGAGGCGCGAAAAACCACUGAUCGUUGUCGCAGUCAGCUCGCCGUAUGACUUCGCCAUGGACUCAUCGAUAGGCACCUACAUCUGCACCUACGACUUUACAGAGACAGCUCUAAACUCGCUGGUCAAGGUCCUUUAUGGAGAGCUUGCACCUACCGGAAGCCUGCCGGGAACGAUCAGCAAGAGCCAGAAGCUUCACCAUUCGAGACAACAUUGGCUGGUGGAGACGUUCAACGAGGAGCGAGACUCGAACGCGCUGGAUACCCUCAUCACGGCGGUCAUGGACGGCACCCCGCCAAACCAACGCUCAGAGCUGUCCAGCGCGACGUCGAAUUCCUUCAUCCUGCACCAUCCGGAGGUGGAAGAAUCUCACUUUGUUGUUCGCAACAGUAGCACACAAGCACUCUACGGCUUCUGCUCGACGUACUUCUUCAAAUCGACUGGCACAGGCGUUAUCGGCGCCCUAUUCGUGGACCCCGCGCGAAGGAAGUUAUCCAUUGGCCACUCUCUUCACAACCGAGCCAUUCGGACGCUCUUGCAGAAGGAUGGCAUCAAACGGUUCCAGUUGGGCUCGCGCCUACCGAGCAUAUUCCUAGGUAUCCCAACAGGCCACGGUGCCGAGCGGAAACGGCUGCGCUCGUGGUUUGCUAAUCUCGGGUGGAACGCUGCACUCUCUCGUCCAGUGUGCAACAUGGUGGCGCGCAAUCUGCAAAUAUGGUCACCACCGGAGGGAAUGGCAAAGAGCCUGGCUGGCGCUGGCUCUCAAUUCGACCUCGUAUACGGAUGGGACUAUGCGGGCCCGAUUCUCGAUCACAUCAAAACGAGUAAUCGACAGGGCUUGGCGGAGGUGUACAAGCUUGCGCUCUCGGACCCGUCGGCUUGUGGGAUAAUCCGGGCGAAACGGCCCGAGGACGGGGCGCUCGUGGGUACGGUCGUCCUGUACAAUAGCCACUCGCGCCUUUCGGAGUUUAUUCCCCCAUUGAAGGAUCUGAAGGAGGCUGCUGGCGGGAUCUCGUCGCCGGUCAUCUCUCCCGGCGUAGGAGAAUACUCGACGCUGCUCCAGGGACUGGUGCUGCUCGGAAUGCGGCAGAUCAAGGCGCAGGGGUGCAACGCCUGUUUGCUCGACUACAUGGAUGGCGAUGGCAAUUUUGACGGCUUCUCGGCCAUGGGAUUCGAGGUGCUGCACAAUUUUGAGGAGGUCAGCUGCGAUGCGGCGACCUGGACUAUGAUCCCACCCUCUUGAUUGGAAUUGGUAAACGGGCUGGCGCAAUAGGAAUUCAAUGUUGUACGAUGACACUAAUGAGAGAAAAUAUGUGGGGGAGAGGGGGGGGGGAUUUCUGGAUACCCUGGCGCUAGGGGUCAAGGUCCUGUAGUACUACUGCCUCGAUGGGGACAUGUUGCGAUAGUCGCAAUGAGC